GUUGCAGUGAGUCAAGAUCGUGCCAUUGCACUCCAGCCUGGGUGACAGAGUGUGACUCCACCUCAAAACAACAACAACAAAAGAGAAAUUGAUGCCGCAUGUGUGUGACUUGUCCCUGAUUAAAUGCAUCAGCUGAGAAAGUAUAAGAAACAGCACCUAGCACAUGUCUCCUAACCUCACAUCCCAUAUUCUAGAGUCUUGGCUUACCAUGGCAAUGCUCGUUGCUCCAGGUUCUAUCUCCUCAUCCCAUCUGACUUCUGUGCGGCUGUGGGCACCCUACAUAUGGUCAAGAAUUCAAAAACAACAGUAUCUUGGUUUAUCAGUGUCUUGCUAUCCUUGUUUUCUGCUUCCAGGAUUUUCCCAGAAGUCUUUGACCCUAAAGUAGAAAGUUAACACCCUUGGGGGCAACCAUGAACCAGGAGGGAUGGGGGGUGGUAGAUAAAUGGGCCAGCUUCCCAUCCUUGGAGGGACAGUUCUGAGGUCAUUCUACCAGGUUUCCUAGAGGGUCCCCAGCACGCCUGAGCCCACCAGUGCACUGCGGUUCUCAGUUCAGCAAUGAACUUUUGUGGCUUUCUCUUUCUCUGUCUCACCUUCCUUCCCUCUCACACCUAAUUCUUGGGAUUUCCUCUCACACCCUGCAUCGAGGGGAACCCAAACUAAGACUGCUUUGUAAACCUUUAACAAAGAAGCUCUAAAAACAACAUAAGGUCUCUAUAACCAGGAAGAACAGAGGUCAAAUCGUUAGGAAGGUGCCAGUUUAAUAUUCAAAGAUGCUCAGCUUGUAGAUUUUGUAAGGAAAAAAAAAGUAUUCCAUUGGAAUCCAGCAUUCAACAGAACAAAAGGAAGAUGUGCCAUUGCUGGGGAUGGUUCAUGGGUUUGCCUUCUAUGGGGCCAGGCGGGCUGUGUCCUUGUGGAUAUGCUGUCCCUGAACUGUGGUCCUGCCCACAUGCAGGGUGUGCUGGAGCACGGUUCAGGGCCCCUUUGUACUCCCAUGGAGUCCAUUCCCUUUGCUGGAUUUUCACAAAAAUGUAAAAGGCAAGUCUUUCCCUCUCUUUCACCCUUGAAAAUCUCACCACAAAGCACGGAGUGGGAGGUCAGAAUGGCUGGAUCAGGGCAGGCUGCGCUCCUAGAUUUGACCAUGUCUCCUUGGCUGGUUACCCAGUGGGAUGGGCAGGGGCUAUCAGGAGAGAACUCCCGGGAUGGAGCUCAGACUCUUCUUUUUGGUUGCUGUGUGGACAUGGGCAAGUCACUUCCACCCUCUGAGGUUCCAGCUAGUCCUCCUUUGCAAAGGAGAAGCUAUGACAUGAAAGACAUAGACCUCAGGCAGUUGUUGCAGGCACAAAUGUGGAGAUAGAUAUGAAAGGCUUGGAAAACCAAGGAAUAAAACUCCUGUUAGUCAUUAAGUUUUAGAAGACAGACCAGGACUCCAAGAUGGCAUCAGUCGUACCAGUGAAGGACAAGAAACUUCUGGAGGUCAAACUGGGGGAGCUGCCAAACUGGAUCUUGAUGCGGGACUUCAGCCAUAGUGGCAUUCUCACAGCAUUUCGAAGAGGUUACUACUGCUACUACAACAAGUACAUUAACGUGAAGAAGGGGAGCAUCUCGGGGAUUACCAUGGUGCUGGCAUGCUACGUGCUCUUCAACUACAGCAUUUCCUAUAAGCAUCUCAAGCAUGAGCGGCUCUGCAAAUACCACUGAAGAGGAUACGCUAUGCACCACCUCCUGACCCCACGACCUUGGCCUGAGCCCCUCCGUGAGGAACACAAUCUCGAUCGUUGCUGAAUCCUUUCAUGUCCUAAUGGAAAUUAACCUCCAAAUAAAAGAUGACUGGUAAAAAAAAAAAAAAAAAAA